AUGCAUAAGAACUAUCCAAGCGCCAUUGCCAAGGGAGAAGGGAAGAACAGAGCUGAAGUUGACCUUUGUCAAAUUGCAGAUCUUGUUGUAGCCGUUGGACCUAAGUUAAAAGAAGCGUUCUCGCGCAUGUUGCGUUCAUCUCAUCGAGAUAUCUUUCAGUUAAUACCAGGUUCCUUUGCAAAGGUUUCAGAUAUUGAACAUGCUGCGCAAGAUGGUGUAAAUUUCCGAGUAUUGACCUUUGGUCGCGGUGAUUUGGAAUACUUUAGUCUUAAAGGAUACGACAUAGCCGCUCAAUCCAUAGUUGAAUUGAAGGACAGUUCCUAUAGUCCUCUUUUCGUUGGUGGAUCCCAUGGAAGGCAGGAUGAAGUCGCAGAAAUCUUACUCCAGACUGGCAUUUCAAAGAACCAGCUGAUCGUUAGAUCAUUCGUGAAAGGCAAACAAAGAUUAAGAGAGCUGUUUUGUGAAGUCGACCUGGCCAUUAUGCCAUCAACAACUGAGGGGUUUGGUUUGACAGCAUUAGAGGCCAUGUCAGCUGGUCUUCCCAUUCUAGUUAGUGGAAACUCUGGAUUUGGAAAAGCACUUCGUGGUCUUCCAAUGGGUGAGUCAUUUGUGAUCGACUCUAAUGACCCCAAGGAAUGGGCAAAGGCAAUUGCAGCCAUCCGUCAAAAAUCAAGGACACAGCGGCUUGAGGAAAUCCAAAGUAUGCGAAGAAGUUAUGACGAAAGAUUCAGUUGGGAGAGACAGUGCCAGGCCCUUGUCGCCAGAAUGUGGAAGAUGGUCUAUGGUAAGAAAUUAACUUUGCUAAAGGGCAGUAACGAUAAUAGUAAUUAUUAGUUUAAACACGGUGAUAAUGUCAAGUGCGUAUCUCAUCAGGAUUAGCGUUUGUUUUGCCCUUAUGUUUCAUCCCUGUAUUUUAGUUGCUUCAGCAAGAGCAAGUGCGUAAGCAAAUUUCAUAGUAUUAUGUUAGGCGGUACAUGUGAAUGGCUGCAGAAAGAUUGCCAACGUUAACCUUUUAAACCUUAAUAACAGCAUUCAUAUUCUCCACACUGUUAUCCAUACAUAUCUUGUGUUAGUGAUAAGGAGAAUUUGUUAACCAAUCGAGAUUUCUUCACGUGCUGCUGGGUCUCUCUUUUAGAGACAUUAAAGAGAAUGACAGAGAACCGUCCAGCUAAAACUUUGGCUUAUAAUAUAUCACACAAAAUAAAUGGAGGGCUUCUCAGAUCGGAUUGUUUAUUUUUUUCAAGUUUGACAAUUUUUUCUGUAAUUCAACGUUUUUUUCAAUUUUUUCAGGCGUAGAAAAGACACAAGAAGAUGCCGUUCCACAAAAUGACUUUGAAAACGAUGCUGCAAAAGGAUCGAUGCCUGGUGAUGUAGUUGUUUGUUUUCUCAAAUAAACCAAAGCCAAAACUUAUUUUUGUUGUAGAAUGGGGUUAUUUUGUUUCUUUGAAAGCACGGCAAAUUUAUAUUGUCGGCUGUUUUUAGUAUAGACCAGUUCAUCAUGUCCUAUUAAACUGACGCGAAAUAACCUCAUUCUUUUCUUAAUAAUUUCCUUCUGCCGUCUACAGGCGAACCCAUUUUCCUUGCACUUCAACAAAUCCUGCUGGAAGCACGCAUAGAGUCCAGCAAAACUGAUCUGUCGCAGGUUUUACAGAGGACUGCGCUGGAAAAAGGUUUUGCGAUUUCUGACAAUCAAGGAGAGGGGAACUGCAUGUUUUUUGCACUUUCAAAGCAGCUUGACCUCAUCAAAGGAAUUCAAAUGUCCCAUGAUGAGUUACGCCGAACUAUUGUUCAAUACCUUCGGGAAAACCCCAGGCUGGUAAGUACCUUAUUAUAUUUUCUAGAGUGGAUUCAUUUGCCCUGGAUGCGUAAGCCGUCGCAUUUUCCCGCUGAAAAUUUUAUUGUUUUUAACGUUUAAGGCAAUAAGGCCUUGUUCUGACGUCUCCAAAAAUACGCGUACACACUUAGCGUUUUGCUUUUUUUUCGCCCUUUCACAUAAAAACGCUGAAAUUAUUGAAAUACGAUAGCAUCCCUCACAGAGGAAACGCAGUGCUGGUAGCUUAUAAUGUGUGACAUAAAUCGUAGUAGAAACCUCUGUUUUCGUCCGUCCACACGUAAACGACAAGUUGGCGGUUUUUAAAGUCCACUCUGGGGACCGCGCUCUGGGCACCUAUGUUUUUGGUGCCCGAACAGGCCGUUUACGUGUGGGCGGAAGGCUAAAAAUACCCUGAUGCGGCCUUAAAUUCCUACAACCAAAUGUGACGGCUUUACGGGUAUGAUGCAAAUGAAUCGACCCUUUAUGAGCAAAACAACAGGUCUGCACGAACAUCACGCUAGCUUGUACUUUCCUUCGUCGUCCACUGCACGACUACGACGUGAAACUUCCUAAUCCGACGUUUUGUGGAGGACCUCGAACGCACGGCGACGAAUUAUUGGUAUUGGAUCCGGAUGCUGUUUUUAGAAUUUAAAUCCAGGAAAAUUCGCCUACAUGUGUUAAGUUGAACAACGCUACAUGAGCGUAAUAAAGUUAAAAAGAACGCAAAUUCAUUUUUUUAAAUAACGUUUUCGACUCGGAGGUAUAAGUGGAAACGGAUUUUAGGAAAUCUGUUUCUGUCGCCUGGAUUUUCUGGCUUUUGUCCUAAGGGACGUAUAGGGGCACAGGUAAUACCCUAUUUUGGAGCGGAGUCUCAUUACUCUGAAGUGGAAUAAAAAGCGUCGAUGACGCCAUGAAUGAAAUGCGAUGUAAUCUCAUCAACAUAACGUCAAGAACUAUCUUUAUGUAGUGUCUAAUUUAACCAGUUAUUCUUAUAUUUUUGAUGUAACUUGGAGGGAUCAUGUCCUUAUUUGGUGAGAAUGAUGUCAUAGUUAUUUUAAAUUAUGUUCGUCAUGUCCUUAUAAGGUCAUGAAACCACCUGACCUGUUACUUAAAAUCACUGAACCGUGACGCCUUCAUUGUCCAUUGCAGACAAUUUAGUCUAUGUUUACACUAUACUGGGUAGCUUUUUCGCCGGCACAAAAAUCGUACCAGUUAGGGCCUCUGUUCACACACAAGAACAGUGAUUUCCGUCACGAAGCGAAGCUGCGUCGUGCCGAAUAGGUGUUCAUACCAUACCGGACCGCUUUUCGUGUCAUCACUGAAGGUUAUCCAGAAAAGUGUGAACAAAGCUUUAUUGUUCCUGGUUUCGGUUCACUGACGCCUUCGAAGUUAAAAUAUUGGACUUCAAAAAGACGUCUAACUGAUGCGUCCUAUACUACUGAGGUGGACAUAUUCUUUCUAGUGCCGAUACUAAUGGUGUCGUCUUAGAGAGAGCUGACAGCGCAGCUGCCUGAAUAUAUACCUUCUACAAAAGCACUUUACCUCUUUCUCUGUUAACUUCAGUAUUUUCUUUUUUUCUUACAGCCGGAUGGGACAGAACUGUUUCAUUUUGUUGAUGGAUAUCCAUCUUGGGAUGCCUACCUCACAAGCAUGAUGGUAGAUGGUACAUGGGGUGAUCACGUGAUUCUACAUGGCGCGGCAAACUGUUUUGGAACGUGCAUCUACGUGAUUAGCAGUCUUCCGCAUCGCCAUGACGUAACGAUCUGCCCAGAAUUUGAUGUUACUGGUAGCAACCGGCUUGUGCUGGGUCACCUGCACGAGCAUCACUAUGUUAGCCUUAUUCCACAUAACGGAAGUAAAGAUGUCUGA